AUGAGUGCCGAAAUGGCAAUGCCAUCGUUGAGGGGUUGGCACAUAGUGUCGGCCGGACUUAUUUGGCUCAUCUGCUCUAUAAUGGCAUUCAUGAAUGUCUUCAGUUUUGUAGUGUUGGGCUCUAUAUUCCUCGGCAUAUCUUUGCUGACACUCGCCAUCGGAAUGACUAAAAUUGUCAAAUUUGAAAGAUAUGAGACCAAAAGCACGGGUAGUGUCCGCCAAAUGCCACCCGUAAACGAACCGCAAUACAACCCCUUCGCCAACGAGGGCUACGCUUCCCAACCGACCGCCGAUCCCGAGGCCGGCGAUCCCAACUCCGAUUGGAUUAAACGCACAUCAAAGCAAACAAUCAGUCUUCGAGUUUUCAUCAAUAAAAGUGAGCGAAAAGAGUUGCAGAAGAAUGGCAUCCAUUUGUCCGGAGAUAGUAUUGGCGGCGGAUAUUAUGGGACCGUAUAUAAGGGUUACCGCAAGUCUGAGACCACAAACAAACUCCAGGCGAUGGCUAUUAAAGUGAUUGACGUCCAAAUGUAUCACAAGAUUUUGAUGCAAAUCAAUGAAAUUGAUUACAAGAGUUUGUCGGAUGUGUUCAACAAAUCUGUGGUCACUUUAGAGAAGAUUCAAAACAACAAAAUACCAAAAAUCGAGAAGUUAUUGAAGAUAUCGGCCAAAGAUAAUGAGAUAAAGAAACUGAUAAUUGUGUCAGUGAUGGCAGACAUGAAUUUAAGUGACUUUAUUUCGCAACAAAAACCGGACGGUUUGGAUGAGGACUGGACUCGGCUUUGGUUUACCGAUAUAUGCGAAGCCGUCCACUGUCUGCACAAUGUCUACAAAAUCGCUCACAAAAACAUUAAACCCGAAAAUAUACUCCUCUAUACUGGACAUCAGACAAUAAAUACAAAGACAUCAUAUGUGGUAAGACUGGCCGACUCUGGAAUCGCCUCUUUAUUCCCAAAUUCAGCCAAAGUUUACUCCAAAACGGAUCCAAUUUGUUUGAUGUCUUCGUUGGAGUCAUUCUCUACUAAACCAAUGGCUAAAGAUAUCUAUAACAUUGAAAGCCAGUCAUUGAAGGAGUUGUUGGAGUCGAUGACUAGUAGUGCCCCGAAUGCCAGGCCUAACAUCCAUACUGUUCUCAAACACAAAUGGCUUCAAAAUAUUUCUUAA